UGACUGAUAUAAAUAAACGCGACCUCACUAACAAAUAGUGCCAUCGCAUCAUUGAAGUAUCAACUGCUAACCGAUCAUGGUGGAGUGGACUGACGCUGAGCGCAAAGCCAUCAAAGAUGUGUGGGGAAAACUAAAAGGGGAUAUUAUUGGUCCCCAGGCUUUGGCAAGAUGUCUCAUCGUGUACCCUUGGACUCAACGCUAUUUUGGCUCAUUUGGGUCCUUGAGUGACGCCGCAGCCAUUAUGGCUAAUAAAAAAGUGGCUGCUCACGGCAAGGUUGUGCUCAACGGACUCGGAAGAGCGGUCCAGAGCAUGGAUGACAUCAAGAACACCUAUGCGCCCUUGAGCGUGUUGCACUCCGAAAAGCUUCACGUGGAUCCAGACAACUUCAGGCUCCUCGGUGAUUGCCUGACCAUUGUUGUGGCUUCCCAGCUCGGUCGUUCCUUCACUCCAGACAUUCAAGCAGCAUGGCAGAAGUUUCUGGCAGUCGUAGUCUCAGCACUUGGAAAACAGUACCAUUAAGUUAACAUCUGGUUUUGAAAAGCUGCACAGAAAUAUGUAUGUGCAUCUUCCAAUUAAUAAAACAAUAAACAAAC